AUGGAAAAACUUGAAGAAACACAACCAUCAGAUCCUGUGAGCGAUAUGAUGAUGAUGAUGGUAGAUGCUAAUCAUGAGAACGAAAAAAUUAAUGAUAAUUUUCAAUCAGUUCCGUCGCGAAUAUCCUCAUCGGAAUAUUCAUCGUUGAGUCAUCAAGAUGGAUUAUUAGUUUCAAUAUUUGAAUAUUUGGAUUUGGCAACCAUCGGAUUAAAUAUUAGUUUAAUUUGCAAACAUUGGAAUUCUGUGGUGAAGAACACACAAAUGUUGUGGAGAUCUAUUUGCGUGAAUGAGUUGGGAUGGCCACUUCACGUCUCUACGGAUGAAUUGUUGUUUCAGGCACAAAUUCAAGAAAAAAUCGAUCGUGGAGAAAUGGAUGCCUUAUCUUCUCCGCUUCCAUCCUCUACAAAAGAGAAGGCUGCAAAAUCCAAUGGAAAGCGAGCAAUUUCAAUUUGUGGAAAGAGUUUUGCAUGGAAGGAUUUUUGUUAUCUUCUAAAGUUACCAGCAACUCUAUACUUUUUUGCAAAUUCCAAUACAUCAAAGAAAGAACUCAAUGAAUAUUAUGAAGAAAUUACCAAUAUUGAUGCUUCAGACAGACCCGUUGAUACGGAACACCCUGAUAUGAAAUAUAUUGUGUAUCGGGAUGUGCCUUUAAUUGAUUGCAUUCACACAGAGUUGACAGUUUUACAAAAACAAAAAGUACUCACUCAAAUUUCAUGUGACAAGCUGUACGAUUUAUUUAUUCCAAUACUUGAAAAAUUGAAACCUGAACCACUCUUACCCUACGCAAACAAUUACGCUCCAAGAUUUCGAGAAUUAGUCCUUGGAAAAAACAAAUUUUCAUUUCUCUUUACCAAGAGCAAUUUCGAAGACAUGUCUACUCAAGUUCGAGAACAUGCCAAUACUCACAAAUAUUCUCUAUUUGGAAUUUAUUUAUUGAAUGAUGAUCAUCAUGAUAUGGGCGUAGUGACCACACAAUUACGACUUGCUUUCAAAAAUAAUAUCGAUUUUGAAUAUUCUGAUUCUCUCAUGCUCAAGGCGCAUCUUAACGAUGAGUGUUUGCUCUUUGAGACCCCUAAUUUGGAUCUGUGCAUGGAAACGAUCAAGACUCUCACAGCCGUAGAUCUUCAUAUUAUUCUAGCAUUUUCAGAAUUUGAUGCUUUACAAACCAUAAGAAGAAGAUUUGCCGUGAAUAGCGAAACUUUAGAGUUUUAUCACGAAUUCAUGCCUGAAAAGAUGACUCUUAACUUUGAAAAAGCUCUCAAGAAAAGCACUGGAGAAAAAGAAGAGAAAUUUGUGGUGGCACUCUAUCGUUCACAUGUUUCACCUCAAUCUCUCAUUGUUUCUCUUCGAUCCGUAUUUCCACAAUUCAGUGAAAUGGAUUGUAUUGGAAUUUAUUUCACAUUGAAUACCUAUGGCAUGUGUUAUGUGGCCUCUGGAACUUUUGAACAAUGUAAAACAGUUGCUGAGCGAUUGAAUAAUCUCUUCUUGAAUGUGAUGGUGAAAACAGAGCAAGAAGCAAUGGAAGAAAGUGAAUUGGCAGAUGAGGAUGAAAGAGCACACGAGAAUGGUGAUCAUGAUGCCCAAUUUGAAGACAAUGACCAAUUGCAAGAUGUUGAUGAUGAAGUGUUCUAG